AUGGGGGGGCGUGCGCAGAAAGAUGCCCUCACACUCGGCGCAGGCGCCCCGCCUCCGACGCCACAGAGGGUUUCUCAGAUGGCCAGAGGGCGUCUGAGAAGCCCCGGCCGCCUUCUGAGAGGGCCCGCCCAGCGCGCCGCUGAACCCCCCGCCCCUCUCGCCUCCGCCUCCGCCUCCCCCUGCCCUCGCUUUAAAGCCUUGCGGGAGCCGGGAGAGGAGCACGCAGGGGCCUCCUCCUGCGGGCACGGCGGAGGUCCGCCAGAACAGUUGGCGAGGAUGUUCGGGUGGGGUUCUGGGGCCGACUUCGAGGCGGCCCUGCCCCAGGCGGGCAGAGCGAGCCUGAGCCACGCGCCUGGCUUCCUCCUCGCUGUCCGCCGCCUGGUCUUCGCAGCCACGUGCUCCACCAGCUCCAGCCAGCCGCGGUGA